CAAUUUGCAAUAUGUCUUUUGUAAUAGUGCAGGCUAGGACAUUAGAGCAACAUUCCCUAAAUUGUAAAUUUGGAGGAUCAUUUAUUUUUAACAAAGUGAUUCGACGUGGUCUUGUCACUACAUAUAACUAUGUAUGUGAUAAAAUUUUUAGCAUCAUGGAAAUUCCGUAUAUGAGCAACUCGACCUUUGCUUCUUGUGAGCGAACUACUGGCAAAAUAAUACAGGGAUGUGCACAGGAAACUAUGUGUGCUGCUAUAGAAGAGGAGAAAAGGCAGGCAGAACUUCGCAAUGAUAAAGAUAAUGAUGGUUAUCACUGUAUAACUGUCAUUGUUGAUGGAGGUUGGUGUAAAAGAAGCUAUGGGCAUGGUUACAAUGCUUCAAGUGGCAUAUCUGUUAUUAUAGGCAUGGUCACCCAGAAAAUUUUGUUUGUUGGAAUUCGCAACAAAGUGUGCCUUAUAUGCAGUGCUAUUGAAGAUGGCAAGAUGCCAAAUAAAGUGCACCUUUGUUGGCGAAAUUGGAAUGGGCCUUCUACAGGUAUGGAAAGCAGUGCCAUUGUGGAAGGUCUGAAUUAUCUCCAGUGUGUUCACAAAAUACGUUGUACUCGACUUGUUGGAGAUGGAGAUGCUAACACAAUGGCCAAAGUGAAAGAAAGCGUUUCAUAUGGAGGACGGGUGAUCAAAGUAGAAUGUGCUAACCAUGCUGUUCGAAGAUAUCGCAGAGCUCUUGAGAAACUUCAGCAAAAUACUGCGCGCUUCCCCGGGGCUAAAGGAAUUGCUGCCCGUAAAUUGCUGAAAAUUAAAAUGCCACUGUUAGUCAGAGGUGCUAGAGUAGCUAUAAAAGCUCAUGCUUUACCUAGCCAUUAUCAGCACACACAAGAAGCUAUUGAUGCAUUAGUAUCUGACUUGAGAAAUGGGCCACAUCAUAUAUUUGGCAAGCAUGAUGCUUGUAGUGCUUUUUGUGCAAAGAAAGGUGCAGAGUUGGACAGCACAUACAAUGAAAUUUUUUCCUCGGGUAUGUUGCAAGCUAUUGAAGCAGAAGUGGGAAGAGUACUGAUAUCGUGUAGCAGUACUCUUAUUUGGAAUGCCACAAAUAAUCCUGCUGAAAGCUUCAUGAGUCAACUGUGUAAAACAUCUGGUGGAAAAAGAGUUGAUUUUUCCAAAGCUGGUGGCAUGAACAGGCGUGCGAGUAUUGCUGUCAUGGCCUAUCAAAAUCCAGCACAGCAGUGGCAAAAAAAUGCACAAAAAGCUGUAACAGGAAGUAGCCCCAGGACUCCAACUUUGAAAUUCUUAGCUUCCAGAAAUAAGCGCCAUGUAAAACGUCUUGAGAGACGUAGACUUUUUGACACUGAGAAGAAAAAGAGAAAUAUGAGGAAAGCAGGACAUAUUCAGCAAGGUGGGGAUAUUUCUUAUGGUGAUUUUCCUGAGAAACCAGACCUAUCAGAUGAAGCAUAUGAAUUGGCAGCUAAAAAUUUUUUUUAUAUCAAUUGAAGUUCCAAAAAAAGAUUCUCUUGAGGCCGUAACACGUGGACAGUCAUCAUCUGAAAGAUGGCGUCAUGAAAGAUCAAGAAGAAUAUCAUCAUCCUUUUUCAAAGAUGUUGCUGAUAGGCGUCCAACAACACUCAGUGCUGCUUUAGUGAAACGUAUCAUAUAUAAUGAUAACGUUUCAACUAAAGCAUUAAAGUAUGGCUUGGCUAACGAAGCAGUAGCCUUAAAUCAAUACAAGGAAAAGCACAUGGGAAAAAACAUCAGACGUUGUGGCCUUUUUAUUGAUCCUAAAUAUCCCUUUCUUUGUACUUCGCCAGAUGGAUUGAUAGACGAAGAUGGAUUACUUGAAAUAAAAUGUCCUUAUACAGCCAGAUUCUCAGCAGACUUGUCAGACUUUUUCAGCAAGCCUAAUUCUGUUGGUCUUCGGAUGGAUGCUGAUAAUAAUCUUUAUUUACCGAAAAGCCACAAAUAUUAUUUUCAAAUUCAAGGGCAGUUAGCCAUAACAGAGAGGAAUUGGUGUGUGAUUUAUAUAUAUGGUGCAGAGAAGAUGCAAUCACAUUAAGAAUACCCGAAGACAAAACUUUCUGGAUCAGUUUAGUUCCAAAACUCGAAAAAUUUUACGUGAAUUGUAUUCUUCCUGAGCUUGUUGAUCCAAGAGCACCAAGAAAAAUGUCUCUUAGAGAACCGAAGUAUAUUGUUGAUGCUAGAGCACAGAAUGAGAAA